CAGUACAAUGUCAAAACCACAGGCCGGUCMUGACGGUUUACAGAAUUUAACCGAUUUUGAACUGUGUUUAUAGAAUGGGAUUUCAACUUAAUGAUUCGAUCUUUAGGGAAUUUAGUAGUGCGAAGACUCGUUCACAAGAUGGCCGARGCCAAGAAGACUCGUAAAAUUUCGUUUCGAUGUGCGACGUUCAACAUUCUCGCGCCUUGUUACAACAGACUCAAAGGAUGGUGGAGAACAUGGGAGAGUUCUCAGCCCAAUCUUUACAUGAAACGAUAUCAGGCAAUCGUGGAAUUAAUAGCAGAACAACCCAAUCUUGAUGCGAUAUGCCUGCAGGAGUUUUGGUUUAAUGAUGAUGCUAUGGAUUUCUUUGAAAGAAAACUGGGGGAAAAAUAUAGAAUUAUCAAGCUAAAAAGACAAGGAGAGAAAACAGAUGGACUUGCAAUAUUGAUAGAUCGUUCAGCAAGAAUCAUAGCUACCCAGUCAUUGAGGUUUAAUGACUACGGCUACAGAGUUGCUCUGCUCUUGCAUUUACACCUUCCUGACAGUGAUAAAGAGGUUAUUCUUGCCACCACACAUUUAUCAUAUUGUCAUAACCUUUUUGACCAAUAUAUAAGAAUGUCCCAAGCACAAAAAGUGGUCAAUGGGAUAGACAGUUACAUUCAAAAAAAUGAAAUCAGUUCCAUACCAGUAAUCUUGACUGGUGAUUUCAACAGCCCUGAAGGGAAUCCAGUGUAUGUAUAUGUCAGUGAGAAUGGCUAUGAAUCAUCCUUUAAAAAUGUGCAUGGCAAGGAAGCUGUUGUCACUCACAAGGACCAUACAGGACAACAACUGGCUGUAGAUUAUAUAUUUUAUAAAAAUUCUGAUGCAUAUAAAAUUGAACCUAAAUCAUCUUUAUUAUUACCAGAAGAAUAUAAUGAUGUGGAGUGGCCUGAGGAGUUCCAGAUAUCUGAUCACCGAAUGAUAGUAACAGAAUUUGAACUUGAAGCAGGAGACUAGAUGGGCGAUAAAGAAAUUUAACCUUUACUGGAUAUAAUUAUAUAAAAAAUACACUAUAUUUCUAUUAGUUUGAAUUUAAUUACAUCUCUAUUCUUGGGGUGCAACCACAUGUCUGACUCAAAAUCUCUUGAGAUAUUAAAGGGGCACUAGGAUGAAAAUCAAUAAAAAUUGGAAAUGACUUGAAACUUGUUUAAACUUAUCUAUAUGGCCCAGAUAGUAGCCAAGCAACAUGUUUCCUUCACAAUCAAAAGUGGCGAGAAAAAUUAUCAAUUUUAUUCAGCAUCUAAAUUGUGAGUAAAUGACAUCAUUUACUUAACCCUAUUGUUCUUUUCACUUUUAACCCAAAAUAUCUCAACAGCGAGUGGCUCCCAGGCUAAAAUUUUCACUAAUCAUGUUUACAUAGUCAUAACUGAGUCGUAUUAUCCUCAAAUAUUUCAAUUAUUCGGACUUUCAAAAAUCGGGGUGUUUUCAUCCAAGUGCCCCUUUAAUGAUAAYGAAACAGCCAGCAUGUUGGUUGAUCUAGCAAGAGAUGAGGAAUGCUUUGUUAUGAACUGACAUGGGGGCUAUGAGGUAAUAUGCGCCCUAUGAGGUAAUAUCCAUCAUUCUUUACAUACAGUACAGUAUGAAGUACAUUUUUUGAGGUUAUGAUUUUAGUGUGUAAAAAGAGGAGGUUGAUUUAUUUAUCAAAACAAACAUUAUUUACGAGAAUAUUCCCCUACUGCUUUUUAUGUUUGUCUUUAGUUAAGUUCAGUAUACAGUUACUGUAUGUUUGACUCUUUUCUAUGAUACAUUUUUAUUCCAGCUAUAAGCAUGAUACACUUAUUUCAAUAACGUUUGUCRCCUGAAAAGCUACAAAGCUGAGACCAACAAGGAUUAUGGGUAGUUACAUUUUACAUGUUUCAACCGCUUUAAUAACUGUUGAUGGAUUUUAG